CAUUUGCCUGUCAUACAAUGUUACACCGUACACAACACGAUGUAAUAAGUUGUUGUAUGCAUGAAAUAUGUGUCGCCCAGUGUCGUAACCUGUCCAUGCUUUCAUCAUCAUCUGGACAAUGCGGAAGCGUGCCGAGAUAACGGGAAGGUAGUAGUACAGUCCGGUCAUCUAGUGUUUCAAGCAGGCACAAAAAAUUGCCUAUUCAUCGGCAUCAGCUGACAACUGACUAGUCGGGGGAUUCAGAUUCGGUCGGUACACGCUGGCACGAUGGCGAAAGUCCGCGGUACAGUUUUAGUGAAAUCCUUGCUCGGUUCCUUGCUAUCCGGCGAAGGAAGUGUCCUGCCACGGAUUGCAAUCUCAGGCUCAGUUCGCCACUCACACCAUAAAGCACACGAUCUGGUGGAGGAACACGAUCGGCAGCAUGACGUGGAAGAGGUACGCAUUCCCGUCCCGUACGGUGAGAUUGCCGGUAAAUGGUGGGGACCACGAAAUGUUCGCCCGAUCGUAACGCUUCACGGAUGGCAAGAUAAUGCGGGUACGUUCGACCGGUUGCUACCGUUGCUGCCGAAGAACGCGAGCUUCCUGGCGCUGGAUUUACCGGGCCACGGGUUUUCGUCACGCAUCCCGGACGGCAUGACGUACAAUACGCUCGACAACCUGGCCGUGCUGUUCCACGUGAUGCGCGAGUACCGCUGGAAGAAACUAUCGCUCAUGGGCCAUUCGAUGGGUUCCAUCCUGUGCUUCCUGUUUGCGUCCACCUUUCCGGACAAGGUAGACCUGUACGUGGGAAUCGAUGCGCUCAAGCCACACAUUGCCGAUGCGGAAAAGUUUCCGGCCCGAUUGGAAAAGCGACUGCCUCAGGCACUGCUGGCCGAUGCGCGGAACCGUGAUAAAUCGGAACCACCAUCCUACCCGUACCAGGAGCUAAUCGAACGGCUUCACCUCGGUACGAACAAAUCAGUCUCGCGUGAGGCAGCACCGUUUCUGCUCUAUCGAAACACACGCAAAUCGACGCUGCAUCCCGAUCAGUACUACUUCACACGGGACAGCCGGUUAAAGUACAGCCUGGGGCUCGGCUGGGAUCAGGCCAUUAACUUGGAGUUUGGCAAACGGAUCGUUUUGCCGUACCUGUUUAUCAAGGCGAAACAUUCACCGUACUACGAGGAUCGGAAGUACUUUGAUCAGUUUGUCGAAGUGGUGAAGCAACACAAUCCACUGUUUGAGCUAGAGUUUGUGGACAGUACGCAUCAUCUGCAUCUGACCGAGCCGGAAAAGGUGGCACCGAUCAUUAAUCGCUUUUUGGCAAAGCACUGGAAGGAGGAAAUGAUUAAGUAGGGUGGCGCGGUAGAUGCCAGCUGCCACACCAAGGGUAUAAGAAUUUAUUUAUUGAUUUAACGAAUAACCUGACGCAUCACAAAGAGCAAGGAAGAGCACAAGGACAUCAAACUACCUCGACAGAAAAUUGAAAAAUGGAAGUGUGUUCAAUGCUGGGAAAAAUAAAAUAAAUAUUUUCUUCCAUCUGUUGAUUUUGUUGGGCCAACCGAGGCAA